GCCCCGGCAAAUUGCCCACCAAGACAAAGUGACCGAUACUAGCAGAGCGAUACUUGAAGUUGUCACCUUCACCCACCCUCACAGACAUAGCGAUGCCUCAUUCCGUGUCACCAGAAGCAAACUCACCGCAGACCACCGCCAUGACCGACGACGCAAUGGCCGAUUCCACCGUUCCCGAAGAUGUCGCUCAGGUAACGGAUGGCGACGUAGCGAUGGAGGGGGCCGAGGCGCCUGCGCCUGCGCCGGCCGCCGAAGAGAAGAGCGAGGUCAAGCUGGACGACCUGUUUGCAGACGCCGACUCAGACGAUGAAUUCCCCAGUUCAAGACCACAAGACGCCCCCUCAUCCAGUCCAGAUGGGGUCUUGACGCCCCCUUCUCCAACAGAUGUCGCAGACCUCAAGGCUUCAGAUCCCGAGGUGAUGCGCAGUUUUUAUCAGCGUCUAUUCCCUUGGAGAUACCUCUUCCAAUGGCUGAAUCACAGCCCAUCACCGACCAACGACUUUGGCCAUCGAGAAUUCGCUUUCACGCUACAGAACGACGCAUACCUACGAUACCAGUCCUUUGCAAGCCACGAUCUCCUGCGAAAAGACGUUCUUCGCCUCAUGCCCUCCCGUUUCGAAAUCGGCCCCGUCUACACCACGAACCCGCGCGACCGCAAGACCCUCCGUAACGCCAGCGCAUUCAAGCCGCUCGCCAAAGAGCUAUGCUUUGAUAUCGAUUUGACAGAUUACGACGACAUCAGAACGUGCUGCGACAAGGCCAACAUCUGCAACAAGUGCUGGCAAUUCAUCACUAUGGCGAUCAAGGUCGUCGACGUUGCGCUGCGGGACGACUUUGGAUUCAAGCACAUAAUGUGGGUGUACUCUGGUCGAAGAGGUGCUCACGCGUGGGUGUGCGACAAGAAGGCGCGGACGAUGGGCGACCAGAUGCGUAGAUCUAUCGCGGGGUACUUGGAGGUCCUCAAGGGUGGCGCGCAGAGCGGAAAGAAGGUCAAUUUGUGGCGGCCGCUGCAUCCCCAUGUUUCACGGAGUCUGGAUACCCUCAAAUCACACUUCCAAGAAGACGUCCUCGAGGCGCAAGACCCCUGGGCCUCCAACGAGCGCGCGGAGCGUCUGCUCCAGCUCCUCCCGGACAGGGACCUCAACGAAUCCCUUCGCAAGAAGUGGGACGCGGCGCCGGGUCGGUCAUCCAUUGCUAAGUGGGCCGACAUCGACACCGUGGCCAAGAGCGGUGCGAGCAAGAAGCUCGACGCCAAGGCGCUGCUCGAGGCCAAGCAGGAUAUUGUGCUCGAGUACACGUACCCGCGCCUCGAUAUCGAGGUCAGCAAGAAGCUGAACCAUUUGCUCAAAUCGCCCUUUGUUGUCCACCCCGGUACCGGCAGAGUGUGCGUGCCGAUCGACACCAAGAGGCUCGAGGACUUUGACCCGCUGGCCGUGCCUACAGUGCAGAGCCUGUUGGCGGAGAUUGAUGCGUGGAAGGGUGGCGACGUAGACGAUGCCGAGGGGGGCGGGUCGCAGCAGAAGAGCGUGCAGGAUUGGGAGAAGACGAGCCUGAAGCCGUACGUGGAACAGUUCCGGUCGUUUGUGAUUGGUUUGAUGAAGGAUGAGAGAGACGUCAAGGUCAAGAGGGAAAGGGAGGAGGACAGCAUGGAAUUUUGAAAGCAAAUCGACACGACUUUUGUAUGAUUGGGG